CGAGAGUUCAGAAGAGAAGGUUUGAACAAAAUUUACGGAAAAAUGGUGAAAUUACUUGUUGCAUUUUUAUUCGCUGUUCUAAUAAUAUCUCCAAUAAUGGGUCUUCCUACCCCCGAUUUGGAUACGAGGAACGCUGUGGAAGACAAAACCCGUGGUAAACAUCACAGCCAGGGUUAUGGUAUCUACGAUUACGGUCAUGGUGGUUAUGGUCAUCGUGGAUACGGUUACCAAGGUUACGGCAACGGUUAUGGCUAUCAAAAUUACUACGGAUACAACCCAUACAAUUCCUACUACAACAAUUACGAAUACGGUCCUUACGGUUAUUGGUGAUAGAGAUAAUGUAGAAACGAUUGAUUACAAUUCUGUGCUUCAAGAUUUUUAAUUUCAUAAUAAAAUAUUUUGAACAAUUUCGUGAUU